AUGUCCCACCACAUCACAACCCACGACGCAGCCGGAAAAGCCGUCUUCUCCUACGCCUCAGGGACACGAGAAUCGCACCAAGUCCCCUCGGGCUCAAUUCAAGUCCUCGCCUCCACCCACAACACACCACUCGACCUCUCCAGCGAGGCAGACAUUGAACAGUACAAGAUCGAUCGCACGCAGUUCCUGUUCCUGAGCUCGCGCGUCAUCGCACCAGACAAGGGCACCUCGGCGCUCGUCACGGUCCUCAACCCUGGCGAGGAGUGGCCGAUGCACAGGACCAUGACGUUUGACGUGGUGUAUAUGCUAGAAGGCGUGGUGGAGCUGCACCUCGACUCCGGGGAGAUGCGGGUCGUGAGGGCCGGCGAUUCGGUCACGCAGAGGGGGACGAAGCAUAAGUGGGUGAAUGUCACGCCGGACGGCGGGGUAGCGAAGUGGAUCGUCUUUGCGCAGGCUGCCGGGCAUGUUAUUCAAGCUGGAGGCUAUAGUCUCUCCGAUGAUUGGGAUUGA